UUUACGUAAUUGCUUUUCUACUAAUAGCCCCUUCAUUGCUACGUGAUUAUCAUUCCUUUUGUGUCUAUUCCCAGUUCUUGGUUUAUUUCAAUAAUUUUCAUCCAUGGAAACCUCAAAAGCUCAUGUAGCAUUACUUCCCCUCCCUGGCAUGGGCCAUAUGAUCCCAUUCCUUGGUCUCGGUAAACUCUUUGUCACUCACCACAACUUCAAAGUCACAAUCUUCCUUGUCAGCAUUGAUCACUCAUCACAAACAUUGUCCAAAACUAUCAUCUCAGAGAUGAGCAAUGAGCUCUGUAACAUUGUGCAACUCCCCCCAGUUGACAUCACUGGGGUCGUUGAUCCCAACGCUACAGUUGGUUUGAGGCUCUCAGUAACGAUGCGUGAAAUCGUGCCAGCCUUUCGGUCAUCAGUAGCUACAAUGAAGCCAUGUCCAACAGUUCUAAUCACUGACAUUUUUGGAACCGAUGCUUUCUCAGUCGCUGAAGAGUUUGGCAUGUUAAAGUACGUUUUCUCUCCUUCAAAUGCAUGGAUCCUUGCAUUGACUAUCUACACUCCGGUACUAGAUAAGGAAGUGAAGGGUGAGUAUGUUCACCAAAAAGAGCCACUGAAGAUUCCAGGUUGUGCUUCUGUUCGUGUUGAGGAUUUGUUUGAUCCUUUACUGGAUAGAACUAAUCAACAAUACGAUGAGUACCUGCAUGCAGGGAUUAGGUUGAGAACGAGUGAUGGGGUUUUGAUGAACUGUUGGGAGGAGCUUCAGCCUAAAACAGUUGCGGCUUUGAGAGAUGAUAAGCUACUUGGUUGUGUAUUAAAGAGACCAGUGUACCCAGUUGGUCCAAUAGUAACACAAUCAGGUAACUCGUCCAAGAGUGGCUUGCUGUUUGAUUGGCUAAAUAAGCAAUCAAAUGAUUCUGUGGUGUAUGUGUCAUUUGGGAGUGGUGCAACACUGUCACACGAGCAAAUGACUGAGCUAGCUUUUGGGUUGGAGUUGAGCCAGCAGAGGUUUGUUUGGGUAGUACGCGCACCCACUAAGGAAUCUGGGAAUAAGACAUAUUUGAAGGGGAGGAGUGGGGAUGAAAAUCAUGACCAAUUUGGGUACUUGCCAAACGGGUUCAUGUCAAGGAUCCAAAAUGUUGGGUUUGUGAUCUCAGAUUGGGUUUCACAAGUGGACAUCUUGAGCCACCCUUCUAUUGGAGCGUUUAUAUCUCAUUGUGGAUGGAAUUCGACACUGGAAAGUAUUUUGAUGGGUGUCCCUAUAAUUGCAUUUCCACUCUUUGCAGAGCAAAAGAUGAAUGCUACUAUGCUUACAGAGGAAUUUGGCAUGGCAGUUCGAUUGGAGGUUUUGCCGUCGAAAAAAGUGGUGGGAAGGGAGGAGAUACAAAAGAAGGUGAGGAAGAUCAUGGUAGACAAUGAAGGGCAUGGAAUAAGGGACAGGGUUAAUGAACUGAAAUAUAGUGCUAAGGAAGCUUUGUGCAAAGGUAGUUCCUCCUACAAGGCACUGUCUGAAUUGGCAAAGAGGUUUGAGGCCCGCAUGCAACUCCAGAAUAAGAAAGCUCCAUCACCCAUAACCCAUGAGUGAUCAUUUUUAGUACCAUGUAUGUAUGUAUGUAUGUAUGUAUUUAUGCAUGCAUGUAUGUAUGUACGUAGGCUCGCUAGCCCUAUGCAAAUGUUUUGUCAUAACCAAUCUUUGCCAUGCAUGGAGAACCAGAGCAAUGUAUUUGAGGAUAAGAUGUGGCAUAUUGGUAAGAUCCUUGUAGUUCUUAUAGUUCUAUUGACCUUUCAUAGUAUUUGUAA